AUGGGAGACCUGAAGUCGGGUUUCGAAGAGGUGGAUGGCGUGAGGCUCGGCUACCUCAUCAUUAAAGGAAAGCAAAUGUUUGCACUCUCCCAGGUUUUUACAGACCUGCUCAAAAACAUCCCGCGAACUACCGUGCACAAGCGAAUGGAUCAUUUAAAAGUAAAAAAGCAUCACUGCGACCUGGAGGAGUUGAGGAAACUCAAAGCCAUCAACUCCAUCGCUUUCCACGCCGCCAAAUGCACCCUGAUCUCCAGAGAGGACGUGGAAGCCCUUUACACAUCCUGCAAAACCGAACGGGUCCUUAAGACGAAACGGAGGAAAAUAAGCCGGGCGCUGUCAACCACCGACCUCGGGCCGGAGCUCGCACCCGCCGACCCCUUCUCCGGCUUCUGGAAGGAGAACAAACUUUGGCUGGGUUUGAAUGACUCUCCCCGGCCCCUGCUGCCCAUCAGGAGGAAAGCUUUGCGUCCGGGGGACACAGCCUUGCUACCGGCCUCUCAUCUACCUCACAUUUUUAGUAAAUACACUGGCCACAGCUACCCAGAAAUCGCUCGGGCGCCUUGCAAACCCCCCGUAAACUAUGAAACGGCGGCGGCGGCGGGCAGCUGCGCGCCCCUCCGCGCCCGCCGCCCGCCCGCCGCCCGCCCCCCGCCCGCCGCCGCGGCGCGGCCGCGGCUCCCGGCCGCCGGCCCCCCGCCCCUGCCCGCCCGCUGCCGCCGCCGCCGCCACGGGGCGGCCGCCGCCGCCGGCGCGCUGGGCCCCCCCGGCGGCGCCCGCCGGCCCCUGGCCGCGCCGCGGCCCUGCCGGCCCCGCGGCGCCCCGCGGCUGCCGCUGCCGCUGCCCCGCGGCUUCGGGCCGCCGCCGCCCGCCUUCCCCGAGAGCGGCAGCAGCGACUCGGAGUCCAGCUGCUGCUCCGGCCGCGCCGCCCACGACUCGGACUGCGGCUCCAGCCUCUCCAGCUCCAGCGAGGGCAGCUCGGAGGAGGAGGACGAGGAGGAGGAGGAGGAGGAGGACGAGGAGGGCAGCGGCGCCUCGGACUCCAGCGAGGGCAGCUCGGAGGAGGAGGAAGAGGAGGAGGAAGAGGAGGAGGAGGAGGAGGAGGAGGAGGAGGAGGACAGCACCUCGGACUCCGACUCCAGCUCGGUCUCCAGCCAGGUCUCGGUGCAGAGCAUCCGCUUCAGGCGCACCAGCUUCUGCAGCCCGCCCGGCGUGGUCCACGCCAACUUCUUGUACCAUCUGGCGGCCGCCGCUGCCCCCCGGCCCCCGGCCCCGGCCCCGGCCCCGGCCCCGGCCCCGGCCCCGGCGGAGCCCGGCGGGCUGCCCGCCCUCCGCGGCGCUCCCGGCGGAGUCAAGCCGGAGCUGCCGGAGGAGUGGGGCCGCCCGGGCUGGGCUCCCGCCGCCCCGGCGCUGCGCUGCUCCGGAGGCCUGGGGAGCUGCUUCGCGGAGAUAAGAGAUGAUAGGGUGUCCGAGAUCACAUUCCCACACUCCGAAUUUUCCAAUAAUGCCAAGAGUACUGACCUAACAAUUAACUGUGUUGCAAAGGGGGCCUCUUCACCUAGCCCAAAGACAAACAAUGCAUUUCCACAACAAAGAAUACUCAGAGAGGCAAGGAAAUGCCUUCAAGCAACUACUACACACCGUGCAGAUAACAAUACAAUAGCUGCUAGGUUCUUAAAUAAUGAUUUUUCAUCAGCGGCAGCAAAUUCAGAGAAAGAUUCCAAAAUCCCUCAUUGUAUUGAAUUUGCCACGGAUUUGCCCUCUUUACAAACUGAUCCUGAGGAGGAUGCUGCUUCUCCAGGGGCAGCAGCAGCAGCUGAGCUCCAGUGCACUGAUACAGGCAAUAAGGCAUUGCCAUUCCUGCACAGCAUUAAAAUCAAAAUAGAGGACAGCAGUGCGAACGACGAGUAUGAGCCUGACCUUACAACACAUAAGCUAAAGUGUGAGUGCAAUGAUACUAAGGAUGAGUUUUACGGUGUGACUGAGACUAAUAACCAGGACGCUUUAUUAACAGCCAAGGAAGAUUCUGCAUGCACUGAGAAAGAAACCACUUCCUUAAACCCGCUGACUCAGAGUCAGGUCCUCUCAUGCACUUUAGGUACUCCAAAACCUGAGGAUGGGGAGUAUAAAUUUGGAGCAAGGGUGAGAAAAAAUUACAGGACACUGGUUUUGGGAAAGCGACCUGUACUGCAGACUCCUCCAGUCAAACCAAAUUUGAAAUCAGCUCGAAGCCCACGUCCUACAGGUAAAAUCGAGACACACGAAGGAACACUGGAUGAUUUUACAGUUAACAAUAGACGCAAAAGGGUAGCCAGCAAUGUAGCAUCAGCAGUGAAAAGGCCAUUUAAUUUCAUGGCAAAUUUUCCCUGUCCACCAUCACUAAUUAUUGGCAAUGACGGGGAUUUGUUGCCAGCUUAUUCCUUAAACACCACUAAGGAUUCCCAACCACCUCACAAGGCCCAUCCUGUAUGGAAAUGGCAGCUGGGCGGUUCUGCAAUACCUCUUCCACCUAGCCACAAAUUCAGGAAAUUUAAUUAA